CACUGUUCAAAGCCCUUCUGGCUCAGCACUAUUCAGAAAUGAUGGCCAAGUGUGUUGUAUUGACCGCUGUAGCGAUGCUGGCGGUGGCAUGUGUGGCCUCUCCUCUGUCCAAAGACACAACUGCGACCACAAAGGCGACGGAACGGCUUCCGGAGAGACCACCUGAGACCCCCGGGAGACUGGAGAACCGUGUGAGGCGCUCCGUGCAGAUAUCUGAGGAUCAGCGUGAGCUCAUGUCCCGGCAGCUCUUACAGGCACUAUCAGAAAUCAUCCAACGGGAGGACUGCGUUACAGAUUAUCAAGGCUGGGUAGAUUUUGGGCGCCGAAGUACAGACUGAGAUGUAACUGUCUGCG